AUGGCUAAAUUACUUCAAUUUUCGCAGCUUUUUAAUUUUCCUGUUGCUUUUAUUUUAUUUUUAUUUUCAAUCAACAAAAUUGGAUUUAUUUGUGCCUUUUCACAACCACAAGUAGAACCGACUGGACAAAAUGUCUGCACUUUUGAAGAAGAACAAGAAAAGAUGGUUUUCAAAAAAGUUGUGAGGCCCGUAAAGAUUGUUACUACUGUCUGGUGUCCAGAUAUUACUAAAGGGUUUAAAUGUCAAAUGAGCAAAACUGGAUCUACUAUUUCGUACAAAUCUGUGCCUGAAAUAACAAAAGUUACCAUUACAAGGUGCUGCAAUGGAUAUUUUCAAGAUUCGGACAACACCUGCAAACCCGUCUGUGAUCUUCCUUGUCAAAAAGGACGGUGUACAGAGCCCAAUCAUUGUACUUGUGAUGAUGGUUGGAGUGGUGAUACUUGUGCUUUAACCUGUCCAACUGGCACCUGGGGACAGCAAUGUACACACAAAUGUGAUUGUGAACAAACAAAAAGGUGUGAUGCUGUUACUGGAAAGUGUUUGUGCCCUUCAGGUUAUAUCGGCAAUCGUUGUGAAAAUGAAUGCCCUGAAGGAAAAUUUGGCCAAAAUUGUGAAUCUAAUUGUCUCUGCCAAAAUGGAGGAAAGUGUGACAAAGAAACGGGAGAAUGUAGUUGUAAGACUGGAUGGUCCGGAAAACAUUGUACUCACAAAUGUGAAAAGGAAAAUCCAGAAGAAGGAUGUCGUUAUGAAUGUAAUUGUCAAAAUGAUGGGAUAUGUAAUGAUAAAACGGGAAUAUGUACUUGCAAUCCUGGAUUUAUGGGAGAAUUUUGCCAAACUCCUUGCGAACAGGGAACUUUUGGUUUAAAUUGUUCUUCGCAAUGUGAUUGUUUAAAUAAUAAUAAAUGUGAUCCUAGAGACGGAAAAUGUUUGUGUUAUGGUUAUUCUGGCAAAAGAUGUCAAUCUGUUUGCCCUAGAGACAAUUAUGGAUUGGACUGUUCGAAGACUUGUAAUUGCCAAUCUGAGGCUAAAUGUGAAAGAUUUAAUGGAAGUUGUAUUUGUUUGCCGGGUUUUAGAGGAGAAAAUUGUACACAAAAAGGUUUUUCUUUUUUCUUAAAUUUUUUUGUAUUUUUAAAAAAUUUUUUUUAA